AUGUGUCUACUGAAGGGAAACAAUGAUGAAUAUGAAUUCCCAAGUACUAUAAGCAUCUAUUUCAAAGCCGACGUUGGGGAUCCUCUUGAAUGCGAAAGUUAUUACCUCUCCCACCUUGAUAGAAACGUGUUUGAUUUCUAUUGCCAGCCAUUCUUGGAUAUACGGCGACGGGUGCUUUCAUCCACGUUUGACCAGAUUGGCUGCAGGAUGUAUUUCAGUCGAGGAAGAAACCUGGCUCUAAAACAGCUGAGCACAGACGCCAUCACAGUGGAUGGGAAUACAAGCAACUCCAAUUGUUUUAACUCUAGUGACUGGAGAGGUUCCUUCGCUAGACCGUCUUAUAUAAAUAACAUCAUCAUCCACACCAACGAUGCGAACGCUAAAGUGACGUUUGAAAUAAGCUAUAGGUUUGCUGAGAAUUCGAGCUGGGCGCAGGAUUUAGACAGUCGUUUCACCCAGUACGGGCGAGUGUGGGUAACCAAUGCUCUCGAUAUCCUAGCACUCGUGUCGGCCAUAGAAAUCAAUGUUGGCAAUGGCGAGAUGUUUCCGUUUUGUGAAGUGGAGGUUAUCGGAGAGACCAAAUGUGACAGCUUUCAUUUUGGCCUGGAGUGUGAGCACGUCUGUUCUUGCCCGUUUCAGAAAAAAGAUUGUGAUGGUCUUAACGUGUGUAACAUGCCCUGUAAAGCGGGAUUGAGGGAAUGUAAAUAUCUCUGCUCCAGUCGCUAUUUCAACCAAGGAUGUGCCACUAAGUGCCUGAGUGAUUGCGGCACGGACUUGUGUCACAACGUCGAGAGCUCUUGCGUCGAGUGCACAUCCACACCUAGGUUUUGCGAAAACGAUCCUCAACAUAGAUACAUGGAUCUCCCGUACAUUGCCAACCCGUUUAUUAUAGACUGCGAACAUGGAACCUACGGCCAGGAAUGUGACUUGAACUGCAGCGUCAAAUGUGAUAAUCAGACCUGUGACAGUAUCACAGGCCGGUGUUUGAGUUGUCCCCCUGGAUGGCGGGGAGACUACUGUGAACAGGGGUGCGGGGUACAGUUUUACGGCCCAAAUUGUGUGUUACCGUGUAGCCCUAACUGCACCUACAGUUACUGUAACAACGUGGACGGUACAUGCAUGGAAUGUCCAAAGGGCAGGCACGGGGAGUUCUGUGAAUUUGAAUGUGAGAAACAUUCCUACGGAAAAAACUGUACGGAGACUUGCAGCGAAAACUGCGUCGACCAGCUGUGUAACAUGACAGAUGGCGUCUGUUUAAGCUGUCCUGUCGGGCGUCUGGGCGACUUCUGCGAUAAAGACCCAUCAAGUAUUGGGGCGAACGAGAGCAACAGAGAAGAGAAAUGCAGCAGCAACUGCGACCGUCGGGCCUGCGAUCCAGCAACACGGAAAUGUUUUGAUUGUGUGUCCGGAAGGGUUGGAGAUUUCUGUGAAAAUGAGUGUAGCAACACAACGUUCGGGCCCAACUGCCAACAACAAUGUGACCCUAAUUGUGUGCCCGAGUCUACUGAGAUCAAACGCCUGUGUGACGUCAUCACCGGCGAUUGUCUUCUCAAAAGCAAAUUUCCAGAUGACCCAAAUGCCGAGG